AUUCGCCAGAUUCUUGCAGCGUCCACACCGGCGAGAAACGGCGACUAGACAUCAACAACAAUGGCGGCGCGGGCCUGGACUGUGUACACUCUUCUUCUCUGUAGCUGCGCCAAAGUAACACUAUCUGGAGGACUUUGCACAAAGCCCUGUAACAAUGGCGGCCAUUGCCACAAGUUUCUAGACAGGUGCAUCUGCGUUGGUCACUGGGUUGGACAGUAUUGUGAGAAUGCAACCGCCUGCAUGUCCAGUCCUUGCAGGAACGGAGGAACCUGCGAGUCGAGUCUUGCAACUGAUUUCAUCUGCCGGUGUCCCGCUAAUGUCUCGGGAGAUCUUUGCGAGAAAAAUUAUGUCAAUCCAUGCUGGUCAUCCCCAUGCCAAAAUAACGGGAGCUGUGUGCUCACUCCAGAGGGCUACAUGUGUCUGUGCAGCUUUGACUUCAGCGGCGAGAGAUGUGAAUACACCUGGAGAGACCGCUGCAUCUCGCGGCCAUGUCAAAAUGGCGGAACCUGCAAGUCAGGACAACGAAGAGGAUUACGUGUGCACGUGCGCCAAGGGAUUCGAGGGCCAGAACUGUGAGAAAGGGCACACCCACCCCCACGCGCACGGCGAUCUUCUGUCAACGAGCGGGGGAGUAGUGUUGCUGGUCAUCCUCUCCUUGGGAGGUCUCUUUGUUCUCGUCGGCGUUUGUUACUGCUGCUUUCCUGCACUUCGACCCCUCUACGUGCCCCCGACGACCUCCGAGGGGGAAGCGCACGUCAGCUCGGCUCAGUCACAUGUCACCCCCGCCCAAGCAGACCUGGGUAGCGGGUCCUACCAACACAGCUGGAAAGCGGCCUCGCUAGCUCACGGAACAGCACCCUUGCCGGCGGGAGUUCUCAGUAAGAGCGUUGCGAACUCUGAUCUAGGGUAUGAUGCAGCCUAUGUUCAUGCACCCGCUGCCUUCGAAGGAGCCUACAUCCACGCACCCGCAGCUUUCGAGGGAGCCUACGUGCAUGCAGACAAACCGCAUCGGUAUUUACGGACCGCGGCGAGCGUGGACGAAGGGGGUGGAAAACACCCGGCAAAGGCCACCAAACGACCAACCACCCCUCCACCCACAUACGACGAGAGCCUGGUGACUUUGCCAUCCGUAUGAUCAGGGCUGUGUGCUUGUCAGCCUGUCCGCCUGACUGUAUGAAUGUCCGGUUUCUUUGCCGUUUAACUGCCACUUUCAUUGCAUGCAUGCUUACAUCCGCGGAUGAAAAGGCUUCCUGGAUUUAUGGGCUCAUGGCUUCCUAUUAGGAGCAGAAAGUUGCUGGCUCAGGGGGGAAACUCGAACAAGUCGAAAUACUUGAUCUAUGGGAGGUAAAAAAAAUUACCUGAUGGAUAAUUUUGGGCCCUGCUUUACAAAUACCGCGAUUUGCGACAUCAGCAAGCCACUAUUAGCUUAUUAUCACUGCUGACAUUAGGCUAUAGCUUAUUUAUACACGUUUAUAUUUAUAGAUUCACAUGCACAUUUACACGCAGUAACACAAAUAAAAGCAUAAAUAAACAUAUUUAUGCAUAUAUAAACGCACACAUUCACACACUUUCUGGGUGUAAAGUAAUUUCUUCACUCAUCGUGUAAAAGAAAAACAAAAUGCUUUUUUACUUAUUAGUUGGGCAAGUUACACGCAUUGGAUAUUGUCUUUCAAAGAUCGAAAAUUUUUCAAUUACAUGUUUAUAACAUUUCACUAUUUUCCAUUUUUAAAACACGUUUUCUUCCUGGGUGUUGGCCUUCCUGGAGCACAAUGGACUUGGGGCGUUGGCAAUGCACUUGAGUUUUGUUUCUUACAGACCACAAGCUGAGAUUUUAAGACAUUUUUUUUUCUCUCAACAGAUUAAUGGAAUGAACUACUGCCCCUGUUAUAAGGGUUUCUUUAAUACUUUUUCCUUCCAUUUCUUGUCUUUUGUAAUUAAUUUUCUGUCGUUUCUAUUGAUCUUACAAGAGCAUAUUGGUAUACGACGUCGCCAGACGACAGCAGCGACACUAAAUUAGAAAUUAACUAAUGAAGCAUAGCCUUCCACCAAGAGAUCAUCGCCAGUCAACGUGGUUUUUACAAGUGGUUUUCGAGUCUCGAACGUAGACCAUACUUUUAACGAGGGUGGUCAGCAACGUUUCGCUCUUCAUCGAUCUCGACGUCUUCACUCAGCGAGCGACGUAGACAGCACGUAGACAGCACGCAGCCACGUCACCAGCACGGCACUGGCACUCGGACAAUAAGAGAUCGACCAGUGUGAGAAGGAGAUAAGUGUACUGCUUCUCCUAGUGCAGCUUUCAUUUUCAGCCUUCAGUCGGGAUACGCCGAAUGUUUAUCGUUGGACGCAUUUUGUUAAAAAAAUUACCUGCAACGAUUGAGAUGGUUCAGAUGAUAAUUCAGGUGAUCCUCAUCAAAGAAUGUGUGCCAAAAUGGAUGGAGAAAGAGGCUUGGAGAAAAUGUUGCGGAUGUGAAAAAUGUAUUUGACAUAGCACUGUUUCCACUGCUCACUUGUGCGUGCUACCGUUAACACCAACAUGCACCUCACCACCACCACCACGCACACAGAGCGUGACAAAUUUACAUACUUCUGUAUGGCUGGAACGAAGAGAGAAAUAAAGAAAGAAGGGUUGGAUGUAUUUUAAUAUAUGUAUGGACAGAACAUUGCAUGCAUGAAUGGACCUAUGCGUGAAUAUAUUAUUAAAAAAAAUGAUUAAGCUCCUUUAAAAAAAAGUGGUCACGCUUUAUGAAGCUUCUGUUAGAAGCUUACUUUGAUCUCUUGCUCAAAGUACGUUGUAUGCACUUGUCACUUUGAUCUCUGUAUGUAGUCAUCACUUGCACAGCAUGUUCAGCCAACAUUCUUUGUGUACUUUAUGCAAUAGACAUGCAUGUUCGUCAUUUGCUGUUUUGUUAUUUGUGCUUCGUGCAGUAAAUGGAUGAAAGAAAGGUGCAAGGAAGGAAAAAUAUCAAAAGGUAACAUCAAAAAUCAUGAUGGAAAAAAAAAAGAAAGAAAUAAAUAAAAGAAAUACAAGAAGACACUCUGGACGGCUCAAAGGGAAAUAAACAGAUGUACAGUCCGAAAUGCGCAUGAAGGGUUGUUGUGAGAAGUAACAGGGAGUAGCGAUCAUUUUCGGUUUGAGUUCUGAGACCUUUACGAAUAUUUUUAUUAGCAUAUUCUUAUUA